AUGAUGAAAUCCGCUCUAUUUCUUUCUGCGUUGGCAUUUUUCUCUUCCACGAAGGCCUAUACGAUCCCACAGUCAAAGCGGACAAUCGAUAUUGUUGGGAAAUCGCGCGGUUCAGCGUCGCACUACUCUUCUUCUUCCUCUUCGUCGUCUUCAUCGUAUUCCUCUGACUAUUCUUCGAUCACCGAUGCGGAGGUUUUGAACUACGCUCUUACCCUCGAACACCUCGAGGUCGCCUUCUACACUCAAGGCUUAGCCAACUUCUCCGCCGAUGCUUUUGCAGCGGCUGGGUUUGCCGCAGCUGUCAGGGCGAACUACGACGAGAUUUUGUCCCAUGAAGAGACUCACAUCACUUUGUUGCAAAGUGUUUUGGAGGAGAUGGGUGCGGAUAUUGUCCAAGAAUGUACCUACGAUUUCGGCUCAGUUGAUGUUGCGUCGUUCAUCGCGAUGAGUGCAGCCUUCGAAACGGUUGGCGCGUCUGCUUAUUCCGGAGCUUCUGAGCUUCUCUCAGACAGGGAACUUCUACCCGCUGCUUCCUCCAUCCUCUCAACUGAGGCUCGCCAGUCAACCUGGAUCCAAUCUACCGUCCAGCAUUUAAAUCCCUGGAGUGGUGCCUUUGAGGUUCCUUUGACCCCCAACCAAAUUUUCACCAUCGCAUCAAACUUCAUCGUCACAUGCCCUUCUUCUAACCCACCUAUCGCGGCUACUCAUGCUUUCCCGCCAAUUGGUAUCCCCACUACCGCUGCACCUGGUGCUUCUGUCCAGCUCUCGUUCGACUUGAACGAGACCAGCGCCUCCGAUUUGUCCGAACUAUUCGUUGCGUUCCUUACUUCCAAUGGCACCAUCUUCGAACAAUUCUCUUCCUCGGAUUCAUACAAUGUGACGUUCCCCACACAGGAGGAGGGUCUUUUGGGUACGGUCUUUGUGCUCAUUGUGAACAGCACCACGGAGGCUGUCACGGAUGCGACAACAGUUGCGGGACCUACCCCGCUGAUGUUCCCUUUCAACGCAACGGAUCCGCAGAUUGAGGCCUUGUUCCCCAACUAA